CGAAGGCCUCCAGCCAAGCCGACAGCCUCCCAUGAAGAAAAAUCGGUAGGAAGCCUUAAAUUCCUCCUUCUUUCUUGUCCAAGAACAAGAUUUAGGAGCUUAGAAAUCUUCUCCCCCUGCUGGAAAUCUGGAUCUGCUCUGCUCCUUCCUUCCUCACCGCCGGCUGCUCUUGAUUGUGGGUGAUUUCUGGGCAUUUUUUCGCCUGUGAAUUGCCCCUGCAUUGCCGCCGGCUUCUCCCCCAGCCAAGCUCAAUUUCUGCAGCUGGAAAAUUAUGGUAUGUGGCAGCUUCUCUAAGUGCAAGUUUUACCCAUUUAAUUGCUGAAAUUUAGCCAUUUAAUUGCUGCCCUGUGUGUCCGAAAUUCUGGAUUAAUUGGGGGAGAAAUUUGACAAUAAUUAGACCAUGAUUUAGCUUAAUUCAUGUAGAAAAUUAGCUUAAUUGACUGCUGUGAGAUUUUGGAGAAAAUCCCGUGAGAAUAGGCUAUGGUUUUGCCAAUUUUGGAAGUUGGAGUUACUGUUCACGUCGUGGUUACUGUUCGCGGCACUGUUCACAGAUUACUGUUCACACACCGAGGGUCAAUAAUUAUCGGGGAUUUAAAUGAUUAGUUUGUGAUAUAAGAACAAAUGUGGAGAUUGAUAGGAAUAGCAUCGUGAUUAAGGGGUAGUCUUAAUGAAGUUUCACUUUGAAUUUGUGAUAAUAUAGAAUUAAUUCUGUUAGUUAGCACUGAGAUCGAGUUUUCGGUUUUAUGCGAGUGAGGUAAGUAAAUUUAUGGUAAUGCCCGUACGGUUUUUAAAAGCAUGUUUUGAUUUGUUUUUGAAGUGGUGGCGAGACUAAACCCGUUUUAUAUAAAAGUAAGUACGACUGAUUUGAAGUGUAAUUUUUAUGCUUUUCAUUAAAGUGAGCAUGCCUACUUGAAAUUUAAUUGAUUGUCCUUAUGAUUUGAAAGUGAUUGGUGAAUUAUGAUUUUUCUGUUAACUUCAACCUGUUUUGUCUCUGAUGUGGUCAUGUUAUUAGUGACCCUGCUAGUGGGGGAGUUUAUAAACGUUAGCACAUGUCGACAUGUAUUUCUGUAGAGCCGGUUCCUCUUGCCAGUGGGAGUUGUUAAACACUGGUAUUUCAGUGACCCUGCUAGUGGGGAUUAUACACCAACAAAUAGUGUGCCUGCCAGUGGGAGGUUUAUAACACUGGCCAUGACCUAUAGAGGAGACGUCCAUUUCGUUCCCGUACUGUAUCCGUUUUUCAUGAUUACACUUGUUGGCAUGCUAUAAGUUUAAUUAAGGGCUAUCCAUAUUUACUUACAGAGUUUAUCUCAUAGUUUUUCCUUGUCCACCAUUUCAAGAAGCGAAACCGAGGACGGGGAAACCACGGGAAGUGACGAGUUAAAAGGCUAGCCAUUUCGAGAUUGAUAUAGAUUUUAGAAAUAAAUCAUGAUCUUGUAA